AUGCUGGGCAUGUACGUGCCGGACCGCUUCUCGCUCCGGGCGUCCCGCGUGCAGGACGGGAUGGGGCUCUUCACGGCCCGCAGGGUCGCCAAGGGCGAGAAGUUCGGGCCAUUUGCCGGCGAGAAGCGGAGGCCGGAGGAGCUGGACGAGCACAUGGACUACCGGCUCAUGUGGGAGGUCCGCGGGAGCCGGGGCGAGGUCCUGUACGUGCUGGACGCCACCAACCCGCGCCACGCCAACUGGCUGCGCUUCGUGCACGAGGCCCCGUCGCAGGAGCAGAAGAACCUGGCCGCCAUCCAGGAAGGAGAGAACAUCUUCUACUUGGCGGUUGAUGACAUUGAGUCGGACACGGAGCUGCUCAUCGGCUACCUGGACAGCGACAUGGAGGCGGACGAGGAGGAGCUGACGGCCCCGGACGGGGGCGGCCCCCUCACUCCCGGGGAGUCUGCACCCGGCAGGACAGGCUGCCGUGGCUGCGGCGAGGACCACACAUGCCCCCAGUGCGAGUCCAGCUUCCCCAGCGCGGAGGUCCUGGCCGAGCACCUGCACACGCUGCACCGCACGCCCGACGGGGACAAGGAGUUCAAGUGCAAGCCCUGCGGGAAGACCUUCCCCGUGCGGCAGGCCCUGCAGCGACAUGCUCUCCAGUGCCCGGCCAGGGGCAGCCUGAAGGACUCCUCCCCCGGCAGCUUCCAGUGCUCCGUCUGCAGUGCGCCCUUCAGCUCGGCGCCCAGCUGCGAGCAGCACCAGGCGGCCUGCAGGAGCAAAGCCAGGUUCCUGUGCAAGGCCGGCAGCUGCGGGAAGAGGCUCAAGAGCCGGGAGGCCCUGAGGAGGCACCAGGAGAACGUUCACGCGGGAGACCCUAAGAAAAAGCUCGUCUGUUCCGUGUGCAAUAAGAAGUGUUCUUCAGCGGCCAGCCUGCAGGAGCACAGGAAGGUCCAUGAGAUAUUUAAUUGUCAGGAGUGUAUGAAGAAAUUCAUUUCGGCGAACCAGCUGAAACGCCACAUGAUCACCCACUCAGAGACGCGGCCUUACCGCUGUGAGAUCUGCAGCAAGACCUUCAAGCGGCUGGACCAGGUGGGCGCGCACCGGGUCAUCCACAGCGAGGACAAGCCCUACAAGUGCAGGCGCUGCGGCAAGGGCUUUGCCCUCCGGAACGUCUAUAAGAACCACAAGAAGACACACUCCGAGGAGCGGCCGUUCCAGUGCGAGGAAUGCAAGGCCCUGUUCCGGACCCCGUUCUCCCUGCACAGGCACCUGCUCAUCCACAACAGCGAGAGGACCUUCAAGUGCCACCACUGCGACGCGACCUUCAAGCGGAAGGACACGCUGAACGUGCACGUGCAGGUGGUGCACGAGCGGCACAAGAAGUACCGCUGCGAGCUGUGCGCCAAGGCCUUCGUCACGCCCUCCGUGCUGCGCAGCCACCGCAAGACACACACGGGGGAGAAGGAGAAGACCUGCCCGUACUGCGGCCAGAAGUUCGCCAGCAGCGGGACGCUCCGCGUGCACAUCCGUAGCCACACCGGCGAGCGCCCCUACCAGUGCCCGUACUGCGAGAAGGGCUUCAGCAAGAACGACGGGCUGAAGAUGCACAUCCGCACGCACACCCGGGAGAAGCCCUACAAGUGCUCAGACUGCAGCAAGGCCUUCAGCCAGAAGCGCGGGCUGGAUGAGCACCGGAGGACACACACCGGGGAGAAGCCCUUCCAGUGCGACGUGUGCGACCUGGCCUUCAGCCUCAAGAAGAUGCUGAUCCGACACAAGAUGACGCACAACCCCAACCGCCCGCUGGUGGAGUGCCAGUUCUGCCACAAGAAGUUCACGCGGAACGACUACCUCAAGGUGCACAUGGACAACAUCCACGGCGAGGCCGACAGCUGA